UCUUGAGUGGCGAAUGCCCAUUAUCGACAGAUUGGUACCGAAAAUUGAUAGUAUACGGUAUCUUAAUCACUAAACAAUACGUAUUUGCGAACAGUGUGGCCGAGUUUGCAUGUCUGGUGUGAUGGAAGUAAUUUUCUUAGUGUUGUUUGUGUGUGUUAGUGGGAAAAGUGUGAGUGAUGAUUUUCGGAUGAUUCCCCGUCAUGUGCACUAUAAUUCACCAGAAGCCCCAAAUCAUAUAGACCACCCACCGGACGACCAAAACUACCCACCAGAUAGCCAAAGCCAUAGGCCAAAUUAUCCGCUGAAUGGGACAAGUCUUGUAGUAGAUUCAAACUAUCCGCCAGACUACCCAGAAGGACCAAGCUACCCAUUAGACAGUCCAAACACAGACUGGCUAACUUAUCCAACAGAUGGGCCCCAUUACCCUCCGGAUACUUCAACUCACCCAGAACAUAAUGUGGUGCAGUACGCUGGCCUGCCGCGGCAGUUGGCGGUGGUGCCGCUGCCUCUCGACGAUUCCGAUCACGAGCUGAAGUUCAAUGUCUCCCUGGCAGUCAGGUUUAGGACCGCCAGCAAGAGACUAUUCCCUGGAAAUCCGCAGUGUUACCGACACAGUGGACUGUCAUUCCCCUAUGUGCUACGAUUACAAUAUUCCAGGAGACACUUUCUCAUGGACCAUACCAGUAUACUCCAGUCCUGUGGCGGAGACAUGCGCGGUGCGGCCCGGCUGUGCGUACAGAGUGCGGCUCAUAGCGCAUCCAUGGGAUGGCCAUACUGCUGCCAACUUGUACGUAGAACUGGACGAAUGCGUGGCAGGCGUGUGCUCCUGCGGUCACGCGCCGCGUCUUCCCGCUCCUCAAGUGCAUGCCCAAACAGUCACCGUGCAAGAGGAGAUGUUCGCUAACAUCACCUGGUCUCUACCCCGGCCGACGUACCCACAGAGACUGCCCCCGGGAUUGUAUAAGAAGAAUUAUGUCGUCAGCAUUGGAAAACAGAUGGUAUCCAACGCGCAUCCCUCACCAUGGUUCGCGAACACCAUCACACGUCAAGUUGAUAGUGACGGGCCGGUGGCAGACGGUGAUGAACUGCACUGGCUUCUCCUGCCGAUCGACGAGCGAAGUGAGCGGCGCGACAAGCGGAUAAGGAAACCGGCGCUGGACGUCAGACUGAUUGCACGCGUCAGUUUGAUAGAUGACAGAGGGUGUUUCGGACCAGCUGGGAAUGCAACUGUUUAUGAUCCAGCGGAGAAUGCGAAAGUGUCGAUAGGAACGUAUGUAAGUUGUCGAAAGUAUUUUAGUUAUAAAAGGAAAUUAAGAUCCGUUUAG